AUGGGGUGUUUACAUAGCAAAAAGGAAACUUCAGAUUUGCAUCCUAAUGUGUUUCGUGUUGUAAAUAUUGACGAAAAUGGUGCCGAUUUAUGCUCUGGUCAGUUGGAGAUUACAGAGUCUGAUAUCAUUUUGUAUAGAGAAGGCAGAGAUUCUACAGUGUGGCCAUUGCAUUCAUUGAGAAGAUAUGGAUUUGAAGGGGACAUAUUCAGCUUUGAAUCAGGCAGAAGAUGUGAGACGGGGGAAGGCAUAUAUGCAUUUAGAUGUCGAAGAGCAUCUCUAUUAUUUCGCACACUACAGCAACAAAUUCAAUUAAGAAAUGUGAUACAUGAUUCUGUACCAUAUCCUGUAUCAAGAUUAACUCCCUCACCUCAAGGCAGGCAAACAUUGCAGGCAAGUGUAGUUCAUCGUUCUUCUAUAGAUAAUGGCCAACCUGAUAAUACUCGACCUGUAAUGAACAAUAAUUUACCAAGCAUAAUACCAAAUGCACAAGUUGCACGAAAUGUUUCUCAAUCUCCAAGGUCACCAUCCAGUGCAGAUAUUUUAGAAGUGAUGCCUCUGUAUCCACGAUCUCAAUCCAAUACAAAUCAAGUCACCAAUGUCUACCAAUUAAGAGAUUUUAAGAGGGAACCCAAUAACAAUCAGGGUGAAAGUGUGCUGGAGAACCGUGCCCCAGAUAAUAGGCAUGUUUACUCAAAUGAUAUUAAUAGAGAUUUAGCAAUCCUGCGGAAUACGCUGCGGCAAGAAACUGCUUUGAACACAAUGAGAGACAUUGAAGAUGAAACCAGAUUCCUUGAAAGUAGAUACAUGAAUGAUAAUAGUUCCAAUAAACAAAUGAACAGCCCUCUAUCACCAACAUUGAGUAACUCUAGUGAACAUUAUGCACAAUUGAGUUUGGAACAACAACAGCAGCAACAACAGUACCAACAACAGCAGCUGCUACUGUUGCAGCAGGAGUCUGCCAGGCUCUAUAUGAACAUUGUUCCCAUUGAUUCUAAUCUCCCAGAUAUCAGUAAGAAUGAUACUGUCCCUACCACUCCAUUAACACCUAAACAAGUGGAAUAUUGCAAUCUAACUGUGGGGAAUAAACCAGAGAUAUUAAAUACUUAUGCAAACUUGUCUCUAGGUGAUAUGGGUGAAAAUGCUAAAAAUGCCAAACAAAUAUUAAGUUUUUCUGCACCAAGUGAACACAACCAAAAAUUUUCUGAAUCUGAUACAUUUACAUCAAUGUCACCUGUGGAGGAACUGGAAGUUAACUACGCGAUAUUGGAUAUUGAUUCAAAUAAGGAAAUUGUUAAGAUUACGCGAGAUUUAACUUCGCCUGAGAGCCAGUCCUUCAGCAGUUCAAAAAAUGAAAGUGUUGCUUCAUGUUCAUCUCAGCCCCGCGGACGUCUCGUUUCACAGUGCAGUGUAGAAAAAGUGAAUCUUGCCAACAACUCCACAGCUGCCCCAUCAGCUGCCAUAGGAUACACCACUAUUGAUUUUGAUAAAACGGUCGCAUUGACAUCUGUAGCUGCUGGGACAGAUUGCGAUGGAGAUGGUACUCGAAAAACUAGGCAUAAUUCAUGUAAUAUUAUUUGCGGAAGUCCAGCUACUAAUGAUAAAAACAAAAUAAAUAGUUAA